UGGUCGGUGUUCCAGCAGGCGGCCGCCGGUCCGGUCGGGACGGUUGUGAAGCAGACCCAAUGGUGCUGCCGGUGGGCUCCUUCAGGUCUGCCUCGUUGCUGCACACAGGAUCCAGCACAUCGGUGUCGAUACGGAUUGUGUUUUCUCACUUUAUUUAAUCGGCACAUCAGUUAAGCUAGCUACAACCAGCCGUCUGGCUUUCAGAACAAAGGCGUCGCAGUCGGUACUCCUGAACAACCACACCGGUUGCAGUAUGCCGAAGGAAGAACCUGGCUUGAGCGAGCGCAGUCCUUGUGCUAAUUCCAGCAAGAAUGCUAAAGACAAGAGCAACAGUACGACUCUUCUGGCAAUUCGUGGCACUAAAGACAGAGAGGAUUCCAGCAGAAGGACUUCCCGCUGCAGCUCAGAGAAAGACUCUGGUUAUUCUGAUGGUUCAGACUGGCAACAUACAGACGUGGAGGACCAGAAGAGCAGCAAAAGCCCAUCUAGAGUAGACAAACAUGCAGACACUUUGCUACCAGGCAAAAACCAAGAACUUGGGCAAAGGAAUCCUGGGAAGCCUGCGCUGAUGCCCAAAGGCCACGCCAAGCCGCCCGCCUCCAUCAUCAAGGACAUGGUGCUUCAGCAGCAGCCAGCCAUGAUCCAGAGAAGAGGUCAGCUCCUCUGGAGAAAUGGUAUCAGGCAAAUCCACCGUUCUGGUUCUCCUCAUAUGCUCCUUUUACAGCAGCCUAGCUUGUUACCCGCCAACCUCCACCUCCACACACCCUUCUCCCAGAAGUCUAACACCACAGGGAAGAAAACAAAUGGUACCUACCUUCCUAUUCUUAACUCCUAUCCCCGCAUUGCGCCACAUCCCAGCAACAAACUGCCUGAUAAAUCUUCGUCGCACCAUGAAACCCAGAAUCUGAGCAAGAGGGUGUGCACAGAACACAACAGCGAUGACACACCGGUGAGCACAGGUCCACCUGAGCAGCACCUUCAUAAACAACCAAAACUGGCAGAGUCACCCUCCGACCUGCCGCGUUCUUCUUCAACCAGAGAUCGUCUGUCCUCCUCCAGCCCCACUAAUGUUUCUCCAUCCAUGUCCAGUCUGCAACCCACCUCCUUCCUCUCAGCCAGAGGACUUCAUAGAAACGGCAGAACUAGUUCUCGCCACCACCGUUUUCUCAACACAGUAGAAAUCCUCAGACAUUCAGGUCUGUUGGACAUUACAUUGCGCACAAAGGAGCUGCUGCACCAAAGCAACAGCACAGAGCAGGACAUUGGUCAGCUGCGUCAGCACACAGAGCUACUGUGCCGGGCUGCCAGCAGCCCCAGCCUCAGCCUGAAUAAUGUCACCACCUGGGAACAUGUUUAUCAAGUCAUGGCUGAGUCUGGCAGCUACCCCAACCUGAAAAUCCAGAGGGAUUUACUAACCCAAUCUUCUCCAGGUUCUGCCACUCAGCCACAGAGUAUUUCCACAGAGGACACCAACAGUCCACAAGCUGCUGAGAGCCCAGAGGUGCCCCCGUCCUGCCUUCUUACCACCAUACCACACCAGAGCUGUGCUGUAUCGCAGCAGUCUCACUCAGACAACGGCAGGAAGUUUGGAGUCAGUGGCACAGCCUCAGACAAAGUCACUGUUAUGCCUCCAGACAGUUCUACUGGUUAGCACAGUCUGCAGGGCCUUUAAAAGGCCAGCUGGUCGUCAUGACGGCCCUGAAGACACCCAGUAGGUAUUUUUGGAUAUUAUGUGUAGUUUAACUUUUCAUCCUCGAUUGUUUAAACCCAGUGUUAUCAGGAUUGUGCAAAAUACCUGUGCAGGUUGUUGGAAAUCCAACAAUGACUCAAAUGUAGUCAAAACUGUACACGGUACAGUUUAAUGUGAAAGUUUGAUUCAACAUUUAAAAGCUGAUGUCUAAUUAAUUAAUGCAAUUCCAUCUUGAGGCACCAUCUUGUACGAUCACUACAGACCUGAUUGAACCACACACGAGCAGAGGAUCUCUGCUUGUGAGUCACUGAAAGCAUUAUGUUGAAAUAACAUGCAUUUCCUCCAGGAGGUCAGGAACCACAGGCUGCGCUUAAUGCAGCGAUGACAGCUGCAGUAUAGCCAGUACAGUACAGUACUAACCCUAACCUGACCCUACAGCUAGUACAGUACGGUACUAACCCUAUCAGUUCAGUUCUGUUCUUGUGCUGCCAUGUCAGGCCGACCACAUUCAGGGGAACAAAAUUAUUAAAUCCCUUUGCUGGUAAAUGUUGAAGAAAUGGUUUCUUAUCACCUGUAUCUACUGAGAGGAAGCCAGCAGUCCAAACAUGUGCCUUAAGAACACAACAUAGCUGAAGCUAUGGGCUCCUGGAGAAUCAGCACUGAAAGGACAGUGGUCGCUCAUGAGACCGGACUGAAGCUUGAUGUUCCAGAGAAACUCUGUAACAGGUCACACUGCACUGCUGCCAGGAGUUCUGUCCAAACAAAGCCUUACAAAGUGUUUUUCUCUUGAUUUAUUUUGUAUUGUCAGGGCUACACAACCAUCACUUGCUGUAUGAGCCUCAUAUUGAUGAUGUUCAAUGAAACACACAUGAUGAUUAAAGCUGUUCAGCCACAGACUGUGUGAAUUUAACACAUCUCCAAAAUGAUCAGAUGUACCAGAUUCUGUCCUGCAGCUGCUUGAGGAUGUUUUUGAGCUGUUACAUGGUUGUUUGUUUGGUUGUGGAUGGAGCACACUCUGCAUUGAGUUUGACAGUUUGACAGUGUUUAAGUAUAGAAGUGUGUUGACUCGGUGGCUUUACGCGUGGGGCAUGUUCUUCCUUCUGUUUCUUUGCAUAUGACUGCCAGCACUGCACACAUACCUGGAAUUCAAGGGGUUUAUAUUUGUUUGUAUUUUUCAUAAUUUUAAGCUAUUUAAAUAAAGCAAUAUGUGAAAAAAA